AUGAUGUUCUCUCGCGCCGUCGCUCUCGCCAUUUCUGCUCUCCCCCUUCUUGCGGCCGCCACUCCCCUCGAGGCUCGUAACGCCCCUCCUGCAUCUUGCAGCACCGGCGCCAUCCAGUGCUGCGAGAGCACCGCCAAGGCGGACUCCCCGUCGGCUGCCAAGAUCCUGGGCCUCCUCGGUGUUGUCGUCCAGGACGUUGACGUUCUCGUCGGCCUUACCUGCUCCCCGAUCACCGUCAUCGGUGUCGGCUCCGGCAGCUCGUGCUCUUCCAGCACUGUCUGCUGCGAGGACAACAGCCACGGUGGUCUCAUUUCCAUCGGCUGCGUCCCCGUGAGCCUCUGA